ACUCUUCUCUCGUGAGGGGAAAAAGAAAUUAAAACAAUUGUAAUUUUUAUUUACGCAAACGGCGAGUUUAAAAGACGACGGACCGGAGGCUGUGGUGGUGUGUAAGUGGUGGGAAAUUCUUCAGAAAUGUCGCCGGCAGCGCGAGAGUAAAGAYUGUUGUAAUGGCUAUUCCUCCAGGGAUGCCGUGAAAAUAUCAAAGGCAGCGGAGUGACUGAGACCGCUGCUCCUCGCUACAUCACGGACACGCUGGCGGCGGCAGGAAGCGAUGGAUACGGAUGGAAAGAUCCAUAGGUAGCGUUUCCGAAGACCCAGAGAUAGCUGAACGUCUCUGUCGCGCAGUUUUAGUCUCCGCCGGAGCUGCAUGAAGGAUGGAUUUCAGCCUGCUCCGGAAUAUCAUCAGCAGAUACUGCGCGGGAGAGGAGAAUUGGGUGGACAGUCGGACGGUGUACAUCGGACAUAAAGAACCUCCUCCGGGAGCUGAGGCCUACAUCCCUCAGCGUUAUCCUGACAACCGCAUCGUCUCGUCCAAGUACACCUUUUGGAACUUCAUUCCCAAGAAUCUGUUUGAGCAGUUCAGAAGGAUCGCCAACUUCUAUUUCUUGGUCAUAUUUUUGGUCCAGCUCAUCAUCGACACCCCCACCAGCCCAGUCACCAGCGGCCUGCCCCUCUUCUUUGUUAUCACUGUCACCGCCAUAAAACAGGGCUAUGAGGACUGGCUAAGACACAAAGCUGACUGCUCUAUAAACGAGUGUCCGGUGGACGUAGUGCAGCAAGGGAAGGUGGUGAGGACACAGAGUCACAGACUACGGGUCGGCGACGUCGUCAUGGUGAGAGAGGACGAGAUUUUUCCCUGUGACCUCAUCUUUCUCUCAUCGAGCCGAUAUGAUGGCAUCUGCUACGUUACCACCACCAGCCUUGAUGGGGAGUCGAGUCACAAGACAUAUUAUGCUGUACCAGAUACCAUGGCCUUUAGAACGGAGCAGGAGGUGGACUCGCUACAUGCCACUAUUGAAUGUGAACAACCACAGCCUGACCUCUACAAAUUUGUGGGACGCAUCAACAUUUACAAGGACAAAGAGGAGCCGGUCUCUAGAACACUCGGAGCUGAAAACUUACUUCUCAGAGGAGCCACACUGAAGAAUACACAACAYAUUUAUGCUGUGGCUGUCUACACUGGCAUGGAGACCAAGAUGGCACUUAAUUACCAGUCAAAAUCUCAGAAGCGCUCUGCUGUUGAGAAGUCUAUGAAUGCCUUCUUGAUUGUGUACUUGUGCAUCUUGAUCAGUAAAGCUGUGAUCAACACUGUCCUGAAAUAUGCCUGGCAGUGGUCUCCGGACAGAGAUGAACCCUGGUACAACCACAGGACUGAGAACGAGCGCCAGCGCCACGUGGUUAUCCGAGCCUUCACAGAUUUCCUGGCCUUCAUGGUCUUGUUUAAUUACAUCAUCCCUGUGUCUAUGUAUGUCACGGUGGAGAUGCAGAAGUUUCUUGGCUCUUAUUUCAUCACCUGGGAUGAGGAGAUGUUCGACGAAGAGCUGGGACAGGGAGCUCAGGUGAACACCUCCGACCUAAACGAAGAGCUGGGACAGGUGGAGUACGUGUUUACAGAUAAGACCGGCACUCUGACUGAGAACAACAUGGAGUUUAUCGAAUGCUGCGUUGAUGGCAACGUCUACAUCCCACAUGCAAUCUGCAACGGCCAAAUCCUCAGCGCUGCCUCCAGYAUAGACAUGAUCGAUUCUUCUCCUGGAGGAUUCAGAAGAGAAUACGAGGAUCUGUUUUUCCGGGCGCUGUGUCUGUGUCACACGGUGCAGGUGAAGGAGGAGGAGACGGUGGACGGCAUUAAGAGGGGCAUCCAYCAGGGCAGGCCCACCUCCUUCUACAUCUCUUCUUCACCAGAUGAAGUAGCUUUGGUAGAAGGAAUGAAACGUCUGGGCUACACCUAUCUGAGACUGAAAGACAACUACAUGGAGAUCCUCAACAAAGAUGAUGAGAUUGAAAGGUUUGAGCUGCUCCAUGUGCUGAACUUUGAUUCUGUCAGAAGGAGAAUGAGCGUCAUAGUCAAGUCGAGCUCAGGAGACUACCUGCUGUUCUGUAAAGGUGCUGACUCGUCCAUUUUUCCACGAGUAGUAUCUGGAAAGGUGGAGCAAGUCAAAGCCCGRGUGGAGCAGAAUGCUGUAGAGGGUCUGCGGACUCUGUGCGUCGCCUAUCGAAGGUUGUCCCGGUCUGAAUAUCAGGAAGCAUGUCAUCACCUGACUGAAGCCAAGCUGGCCCUGCAGGACAGGGAGCAGAGGCUGGCGCAGGCCUAUGACAUCAUUGAGAGGGACUUUGUUCUUCUGGGUGCCACAGCAGUGGAGGACAGGCUCCAGGAGAAAGCUGCCGACACCAUCGAGUCGCUGCACAAGGCUGGGAUUAAAGUCUGGGUCCUCACCGGGGACAAAAUGGAAACGGCCGCUGCGACGUGCUACGCCAGCAAGCUGUUCCGACGCAGCACCCAGAUCCUGGAGCUGACCAAGAAACGCACAGAGGAGCAGACCUUGCACGAUGUUCUGUUUGAACUAAACAGAACCGUUCUCAGACAACGCUCCAUAUCUGGAUUGUCAGUAGACUGCCUGGACUUUGGCCUAAUCAUUGACGGAGCCACUCUCUCCGCAAUAUUAAAGUCUAACCAGGAGGGYGCCAGCCAUGGCAACUACAGAGAGAUCUUUCUAGAGAUCUGUCGCAACUGUAGCGCUGUUCUGUGCUGUCGCAUGGCACCGCUGCAAAAAGCACAGAUUGUGAAACUAAUCAAAGCUUCUAAAGAGCACCCCAUAACCCUUGCUGUUGGCGAUGGAGCCAACGAUGUCAGCAUGAUCUUGGAAGCACAUGUAGGCAUUGGCAUCAUGGGUAAAGAAGGCCGACAGGCAGCCAGAAACAGUGACUACGCAAUCCCGAAGUUCAAACACCUGAAGAAGAUGCUGCUUGUUCACGGCCACUACUACUACAUCAGAAUUGCUGAGCUAGUUCAGUACUUCUUCUACAAGAAUGUAUGCUUCAUCUUCCCUCAGUUUCUGUAUCAGUUCUUCUGUGGAUUUUCUCAGCAGCCUCUGUACGACACGGCGUAUUUGACGCUGUACAACAUCAGUUUCACGUCGCUCCCCAUCCUCCUCUACAGCCUGGUGGAGCAGCACGUCACUGUGGAGGCGCUGAAGAGGGAACCUACUUUGUACAGGGACAUCGCCAAGAACUCCCUCCUCCGCUGGCCUGUCUUCCUGUACUGGACAUGCCUGGGUGUGUUUGAUGCUGUCAUCUUCUUCUUUGGUGCCUACUUCCUGUUUGAUAACACCACCUUCACCAGCAAUGGCCAGAUGUUUGGAAACUGGACGUUUGGCACUCUCAUCUUUACUGUAUUGGUGUUCACUGUUACACUCAAGCUUGCCUUGGACACACAUCACUGGACUUGGAUCAAUCACUUUGUCAUCUGGGGAUCCCUACUUUUCUAUGUUAUUUUCUCUCUUCUCUGGGGCGGCAUCAUUUGGCCCUUCCUGAACUACCAGAGGAUGUACUACGUGUUCAUGCAGAUGCUGUCCAGUGGUCCGGCAUGGCUCAGCAUCAUCCUCCUCAUUACCGUCAGCUUGCUGCCAGAUGUCAUCAAGAAGGUUCUCUGCAGGGCUAUUUGUCCCACAGCAACUGAGCGCGCACAGGUUUGUGAGAAGCUGUUGCCAGGCGGCAUGGCUGAGUUGUCUCCACUGUCUUUCUGUCGUCGGUCUUACAAAGGCAGGAGCGCAGAUUCCUCCCACCUCUGCCUUGGCGCUGCAGAAACACUGUCCCUCCGCAGGUCUAAUCCUCUUCCGCAGAAACUCCUUGCCCACUUUGCAGAAGGGGGUGGAGCUGACACGCUCAGCCCCUACAUGCUUCGUUUCUCAGGGGCAGGAUUUGCCUACUACGCUCCGGGACCGGAGACCUCUGUGUGAGAGUAUGGGAAUAAAAAAAAUCCAUCUAUAAAAGCAAGUUUGACAAAAACCUGCAUUUGUUUUCUAGAAAACAAACACGCUCACACACAUCAGAAGCACUGACACUUCAUGUUCAGUUCAUGUUUUUCUGGGUUCCACCUGAAUGGACAACCUUCAUAGACAGAGUUGCCCUGACUCCUCAUCUUUAUAAUUUAAUGCUUUCUGCACCGCCUCUGUCUUAAUCAUUUUAAAGUUCCCACUAUAAUUUUCCUCAGAACAUUUUGAUACUUUGUGCUUUGGUGUUAUUGCUUUUUGGAACAGUUUUGAACCUUUUGAACCUCAUUUCAGCCUCACGUUUUUGUCUCCUUCCCCACUUUCAUGUCGCUUUUGCUUCUUGUGCAAAUGUUUGUCAAAAACUUUUAUGUACACUUUGUGGUCUGGCCAAGUAAUGGGGAAGGGGGGGGGGGUAGCCGUCAAGCUCAGCCCUUUAGGUAUGUGUGUGUGUGCAUGUGUGCAAGAGUACGCAUGUUUUUGCCUGUUAUUGUACGUUUGUAUGUGACACACUUUUGCCUUAUAGGUACAAAACUGAAGGCUAAGAAGCUAAAAAAAAAACAUAAAGAAGAAAAAAAGGAUUUGGUGUCUUAURAAGCCUUACAAACACUCAUCAGCUGAAGGAGGGGACAUGGAGAGACUCUAAAGGGGAAGUGCAGUAUUUUAGCCACACUGCCUUAAUUCAUACAUUUACAUUUUCAGUUCAUUUCAACUGAGCGUUGGAUGAGGUUCUCCGGGCAACAAGUCUGWUAGUGGACCAAUUUUUGUUUUCUACCCUUGCARUUGUGUCAACCUUUGUUGUUUUUCUGUCCGUCAGUGUAGCAUGUUGGACUGUCUCUGCAUGCUAACCUAUUCUCCCUCCUCAUCUUUUGUCUCAGACAUAAUUCAUUGGGAAAAACAUGUCGAGGAACUUUUUCCUUCCCCUAAAGUAUGCCCUCUGCUGCCAUCAUGUGGCGGCUCAGAGUAAAAGCCUGGAAGUGAUGAGAUAAUAACUAAUGGAUGUCCUAAAUGGCUUGCUAACCCUCACUGUUGCARUGUGCUUGUGUAUUUGCUGCCAUGUUGUGUCACGCAACUGCUAAUAUUAUGUAGUAAGGUUUGUCUCUGUGUUGCGUCACUCAUAAGUUCUUCUGUACGGUUCUAAAAUGAUUGAUGUCAACGUUUUAYGUCUGGAUGUUGCAGUCUUUUUGCUACGUAUUGUAGAAGAAAGAGGUGUUCUCGUUGUAGAUACGGCUCAUGUAGGAAGGGAGACUUGAAUCGGCGAUGUCACAAUCAAAUCAUGGAGAAUGUUGAACUGAUUUGUCCAUCAUGUCCUCCAGCUUAAGAUUGUAGCUCAUAAUGGAUGAACCUCUUUUCUGCAUCUCUAACAGCAUUUUCUGAAUUCCUCAUUUAUUCCAAAGCAUAUCUGUCCAGUUACAUAGAAAGCUACUGACUCUGGAAGUCUUGAAUGUGACAUUAUUGAAGCAUUUUUUGAUAUGUUUAUACRGUUUAUUUUCAUACACAUCACCAUCUGCCAACUUGUAUAGAUUUGAUAACAGGUGUUCGGUAUUUUUCUACUAGGGCACAGAUGAUUUAUUUGUUUUUUGGGAGUUGCCUCUCAGUUUUUCGGUUAAAAUUCUUUAUAUGUUGAGGAGCUCAACGUUCACACUUGGGGCGUUAGUGUCAACAUGAUGGCUUCCCACCUCACUGUGCUGUUGCUAUACCGCAUCCAGGCACAUUCUAUAUGUUUUAUACCAGCCCUACUACCAUUUAUUGUUGUAAAGUCUAAUUAAUUUACACAGUUCAAUGCUUUAAACACACYUUUAUAGUAUAUGAGUCCUUGAAUUUUGGGGUCACCUUUCUUAUUUGUCAUUCUUAUGUUGUCCAUUGUGAAUAUUUCUUUGACUAGUUUUGUAUAUCAGAGAUAAGAUUAUAUUUUAACUCUGUUAGAAUGUGUCCUGAAGUUUGUAACCAAAAUGAGAGUAAAAUAUAAAUUAUAUGGUUUAGUCAUACACACUGCACUUUGUUUUCCAACAGAUCAGUCUGACCCUAAAAACAAGGUCUAUUGUCUGUCGACUGGAGUUUAUAGUUCACUCUUUCUCACAAGUUAUUUUUCUAAGAAGAUUGUGUCGUGGAUGAGAGAGAAGAGAAAAAAACAGAAGUGACCAAAAGACUAGACUGGGAAUGAACUGUCUGCAGGUGCCAGCCUCUGUCUCAGUGGGUUUAUAUCACACCAGCCUUCAAUUGCAGAUCAGAAUGUCAAACUGCUUUUUCUGAGUCCAUCAGCACAACAACAGGUGCUCAUCCUGUUCCUCCUGAGCUUGGCAAAGGUCUGAAAUGUCAGCUGCUGUGCUUUGAGCAGCACACUUCAUAUCAUACCUUUAGUAUGACACUUUGUAUUACUGGACUGUUUUUUGACCAAUUUACCCUCUUUUUUUGUUUGUUUUUUCUUUUGUUUUUGAAUAAAGAUUUUCAAAAGUUC